AUUUUGGUGUCGUAGUGUGACGUCAUAAGACUGCGCCGUGCAUUGCUCUCUGCGUCUGUUGAGAUCGGCCUGAAGAAAGGAUGGUGUGACCAAACACACAGAAAACUCCUGCUGAAGCAGCUGAGAUCCACGUGACACUGUUAUAAAGAUGGCGUUUAUUAAAGAGGAGAGAGAAAACUUGAGGAUUGAAGAAACAUUUAGUCUGAAACAUGACCAAACUGAGGAACAAACAGACCUGAUGGUGGUGAAAGAAGAGAGGCAAGAUCAAUAUGAGAGACUUGAAUUCAAAACUGGGGAAACAUCCAUGCAGUCUGAAACAACUUCAUCACCAAAAAAAGUUCAGAAAACCGAAUCUAGCAGUUGCUUCAUCUGCCAUCAAUGUGAAAAGAGUUUCAAACAUAAAUAUACCCUUCAAAUGCACAUGAACGUUCAUACUGGAGUGAAGCCUUUCAAAUGCCAUGAGUGUGGAAAGAGAUUCUCACGUAAAACAAACCUUAAAUGCCACAUGAACGUUCAUACUGGAAUGAAGCCUUUCAUAUGCCAACUGUGUGGACAAUGUUUAGCACAUAAACAAAGCCUUGAUUUCCACAUGAAACGUCACACUGGAGAAAAGUCAUUCACAUGUGAUCAGUGUGGAAUGAGUUUCAUACAGAAAGUAUCCUUCGAUUACCACACGAAGAAAAAAAACUCAGGAGAUAAUGGUUUUACAUGUAAACGGUGUGGAGAGAGUUUCAGUUGUAGAGGAAAUCUCAAAAAUCAUACAAGACUUCACGCUGGAGAGAAUCCUUUUAUCUGUAGUGUGUGUGGGAAUAGCUUCACAUAUAAAACACACUUCGAUACCCACAUGAGAACUCAUACUGGAGAGAAGCCUUUUACCUGCAAACUGUGUGGGAAAAGCUUCUCAUGCAACGGAUCUCUGAAGACUCACAUGAUCGUUCACACUCAAGAGAAGCCGUUUCCAUGUGUUCAGUGUGGAAAGUGUUUCAGGCAUAAAACAACCCUUGAUUUACACCUGAAAUGUCACACUGGAGAGAGUCCUUACAUCUGCACAUUUUGUGGGAAGAACUUCUCCGGUAAAUCAACCCUUAAUGCCCACAUUAGAAGUCACACAGGAGAGAAGCCCUUUAACUGCAAACUGUGUGAGAAGAGCUUCACACAAAAGGGACAUCUUAAGAUUCACAUGAAAACUCACACAGGAGAGAAGCCUUUUGUGUGUGGUCAGUGUGGAAAAUGUUUUUCAUGUGAAACAAACCUUACUUACCACAUGAGGAUUCACUCAAAAGAGUAUAAUUGUCAGCAUUGUGGACAGAGAUUCCCAGACAAGAGACGCCUUAGCUGGCAUGAAAAAGUUCAUUCUCGAGAGUCUUUCAUCUGCACUCACUGUGGAGAGAGUUUCAGACUGAAAGGAAAAUUUAAGGCCCAUAUGAGAAUCCACACUGGAGGGAAACCAUUUGCCUGUCUUCAGUGUAAGAGGAGCUUCAAAUAUAAAAGAGACCUGAAACGUCAUUUGCAAACACAUACUGGAAAGAAGCUGCAGUGCUCUGUGAGCGGAAAGAGGCUUAGAAAAAGGAGCAGUUUGAAAGAUCAAAAGCACGAUCGCUCUGGAGGAAGGCAGUUUAAUUGUGAUCAGUGUAAUAAAACAUUUAUUUUGCCAUUACACUUACAAAUACACCUGAAAAGUCAUGCAGAUGUGAAACCAUAUUUGUGUUCUUCGUGUGGAAAGCGUUUUAAAUGGCUCAGUAGCUUAAAAUGGCACCAGCAAAUACGUAUCUGUGUGAAAUUAAAGCUACGUUCUCACCGCAGCCGAAAGUGACCCAAAUCUGAUCAUCCACCUUUAUGACAAUUUGCGUUGUUCUCCUCUAGAUAGACUCUUCAAAAUUUUUAACCGCUGUGUAUGUGACCAUCUGCUUUGCUAGAAGUCAGUUGUCUUGUAUAACUCAGUAUAAUUCAAUUCCUUAUUUUGUGGCUGGUCAAGCAAAUAUUAAUGCUUGUUUGUAUGUAUAUCUAUUAAAAUACUGAUAUUCUGGUCUACA